UAAAGGCCACAAAGAGCUACUCAAUGGUCACAAAUCUCUAAUAAUGACAUGUUACUCAUCUAUUCCUCUUCUUUUGCUUUUCCUUUGUAAAUUCUCUCUCAUUGAUUCACUAAAAAAUGGUUUCAGUGUGGAGCUCAUCCAUCGAGAUUCUCCAAAAUCACCACUACAUCGUCCUACAGAUACUUACUUCCUACGAGUUUCUAACGCAGUGCGUCGUUCCUUCAACCGUGCCAAUCGUUUUAAUAAAGGUUCCACCCGUAUAAAAAACCCUGAAUCAAGUGUGAGCCCAGAUGAUGUUGGUUAUAUCAUGAGCUAUUCAGUUGGCACCCCGCCAUUCCAACUUUAUGGUGUUGUUGAUACAGGUAGUGACUUUAUCUGGCUUCAGUGCCAACCUUGUCAGUUAUGUUACAACCAAACCACACCAAUUUUUGAUCCUUCAAAAUCCAAAACCUAUAGAAACGUUCCUUGCCCCUCUCCCACCUGUGAAUCUGUGGAAGUUUCUGGUUGUUCCCAGUCCAAUACUUGUUUAUAUGGGAUUCAAUAUAGUUCUGGAUCUGACGGAUCGAUAGGAGAUGUUAGUUUGGAGACAUUGACCUUGGAAUCCACAAGUGGCUUCCCUAUCUCAUUUCCUAAAACUGUGAUUGGUUGUGGACAUUACAAUAAUGGUUCGUUUCGUGGGAGGAUAUCUGGAAUAGUUGGCCUUGGAGCUGGACCUAUGUCACUCACAAGUCAAUUGGGUUCUUCGAUUAAAAAGAAAUUUUCCUACUGUUUGGUGCCUAUGGCUUCAUGGCCAGAUAUUAGUAACGCCUCAAGCAAACUCCAUUUUGGUGAUGCUGCUGUGGUUUCUGGACAUGGGACUGUCUCAACUCCCAUAAAAAUCAUUGAAAAUGUCUCUUACGCCUUGACUUUGGAAGCAUUUAGUGUGGGAAACAAGAGGCUAGAUUUUUUGGCCUCCUCAUUCAAGUCUAAUGCAAAACAUAUGGUAAUUGACUCUGGCUCAGAGUUGACAAUUUUGCCCAAUGAUAUGUAUAACAAGUUGGAAUUAGCAGUGGCAGAGGUGGUAAAAUUAAAGCGCGUUGAAGAUCCUACUAAAUAUUUGAGCCUCUGCUACGAAGGAGCAUUAGACCCAUCUCAUUUUCCUAUAAUCACCGCACAUUUUAAGGGUGCUGAUGUUCGGUUAAAUGUUCUCAACACUUUUUUUCAAGUCUCAGAUCAUGUUGUGUGCUUCACUUUUCGCUCAACUGAAGAUCCGAUGACUGGAAUCUUUGGGAGCUUGGCGCAACAGAACUUUUUAGUUGGCUUUGACCUGCAUAAGAAAAUUGUCUCUUUUAAGCCCACAGAUUGCACCAAGCAGUGAUUGAAUAGUUAUUUAAAUUGUUCAUCCUCAGUUACUGAUAGCGAAGCUUUACAUCUAUGUAUCCAAAAAUAUAUAUCAUGAAAUAAAUUUUCAUGUUUUUAA